CUCUUUUCUUGCAGGUAUUAAACAGGCAAUCUUAAGUAUUACUGAGAAAAAACUUAUAAAUGCACAAAUCUUCCCAAAACAAAAAUAUCAUAAAGAAGUGUACCAAAUUAUCAAUUCUUUAUUGACCACCAAAGAGCUUGAAUAUAUAAAAUAUUUACAAUUUUUCAAUAAUGUUGAGGAAGCUGAUGAAGUAUUAGGAAAGAAUGGUUUUGCAUACUAUUUGAGAAAAAUAUUGUUAAAUUUCAGUCCAAAUCGAUAG